AUGACUAGACCGCUGCUGCGACCAGCUGUGCCAGGACGACUCCUCCUGCUGUGGCUGCUGCUGCCCCCGCUGCCCGUGCCCAGAGUCGAGGCUAGGAGGUCCAGGGCCUUGCUGCCCUGUCCCAGGGUCUGCGAGCCCACGCGCUGUCCCCCGCUGCCCACCUGCUCGGCGGGGUCGACGCCGGUGCUCGAUCGCUGCCGCUGCUGCCGCGUCUGCGCCGCGGCCGAAGGCGAGGCCUGUGGCGGGGCGCUGGGCCUGCCGUGCGCCCCGGGGCUGCAGUGUCGCGCGCCGCUCAGCGCCCCGCGCCUCGGCGGCGCCUGGGUCGGCACGUGCGGCUGCCCGGCGGCGGGGGCUGCGGUGUGCGGCAGCGACGGGCGCACCUACCCCAGCCUGUGCGCGCUGCGCGCCGACAACCGCGCCGCGCGCCUCCGAGGCGCGCUGCCCGCCCUGCCGGUGCUGAAGGGCGACUGCGCGGGUCGAGGGACCAGGAGUGCGGGCGGGCUCCGGAGCAAGUACAACUUCAUCGCGGAGGUGGUGGAGAAGGUGGCACCGUCUGUGGUUCACCUGCAGCUGUUCCGCAGGUCACCUCUUAGCAACAAGGAUAUUCCUGCGUCCAGUGGCUCUGGGUUCAUAGUGUCUGAGGAUGGGCUCAUUGUUACUAAUGCCCACGUCCUCACCAACCAGCAUCGGAUCCAGGUGGAGUUCCAGAGUGGGGUCCAAUAUGAAGCCACUGUCAAAGACAUUGACCAUAAACUGGAUCUUGCGCUGAUAAAGAUUGAGCCAAAUACUGACCUUCCUGUGUUGCUGCUGGGCAAGUCCUCUGACCUGCGGGCUGGAGAGUUCGUGGUGGCCUUGGGCAGCCCGUUUUCUCUGCAGAACACAGUGACGGCAGGAAUUGUCAGCUCUACACAGCGAGGGAGCAGAGAGCUGGGGCUGAAGAAUUCAGACAUGGACUAUAUCCAGACGGAUGCCAUAAUUAACCACGGCAAUUCUGGGGGCCCUCUGGUGAACUUGGACGGUGACGUGAUUGGCAUAAAUACAUUGAAGGUGACUGCAGGAAUCUCCUUUGCGAUUCCCUCAGAUCGAAUUCGACAGUUCUUGGCAGAAUUCCAUGAGCGCCAGUUGAAAGGAAAGGCUCUUUCACAGAAGAAGUAUCUCGGUCUGCGAAUGCUGCCUCUCACUAUGAACCUUCUUCAAGAGCUGAAGAGGCAAGAUCCAGAUUUCCCUGAUGUGAGUUUUGGGGUUUUUGUGUAUGAGGUGAUUCAAGGAACAGCUGCUGAAAGCUCUGGGUUGAGAGACCACGAUGUAAUUGUCAGCAUAAAUGGGCAACCUGUUACCACCACAACUGAUGUUACUGAAGCUGUUAAGGAUAAUGAUUCCCUUUCCAUCAUGGUUCGUCGAGGAAGUCAAACUUUGCUCCUGACAGUCACACCUGAAAUAAUCAAUUAAGUAUCUUGUUUUAAAGAGAAAUCAUCUAACAAAACCACAGCUAUAUUACCUGGUUUGUACUGGAGAUGUGCCAAAGUUAACAAGUUUUAGGGUCUCUUUCUUAAGAAAAAUGAAUGCUUUAAAAUAUACAGACACACACACACACACACACACACACACACACACACUUAGGGACCUUUAGAUUGGGGUGCUCUAAUGUUGCUAAGAAGCCCCACUAGAGCAAGUGAAGGACAUGGUGCCAGGAAGUCUGGGAAGCUGAUAACAUUUUAUUUCAACACAGGAAACAACUGAAAAACAAGCAGUUUCUAAUUUAACCUUGACAGAAGGACACUUGUGGAUUUUAAAACUUCUCUGUAGCCACAAACUGGAUAUAACACAAAUGUGUGUGUACACACACAUACAGACCUACCAAAUAUGAAGAAACAACCUGAAUCCAGAGUGCAAAGGAAAUUGAAUUUUUCCUAACACUGCCUUUUUUCAAUUAGUUUUCCAGGUUGUACCACAUUUGGCCAGGGUCUGUAGAUGUGGAGGAUGAGCAUUAUUUGUAAAUCAGAUUCAAACUGACAACUGCAGAUUGUCACAGAGAAACACUAGGUUCUCAUGAUCACCCUGGCAGUGGUCUCCAAAAGCUUUCUGAGUAGGAGAGGUCUUCUUUUAUAGGACAGAUCCUUCAAUAACUUACAGACUAUGACCUUUUUACCCACGCUCAUCCUCCUGGCAACAUUAGGGAUUUUCAGCCUGAAGGCUGCCGAAGUGUUGGUGUUUUUAAAGAAAAUAGCUUUUGAUGGGGUUUGUGAAUAUUCUGAAGAUUUUUUUGAAAAGUGUGCGAUGAGGCAGGAUGGCUUAGAGCAGUAUCUUAUUUUCUUUGGUAAGAUUUUAAUUUGUUUUCCAGAUUUCUCUUACAAGUCAGUAUUUUAUUUUUGUUUUUU